AUGCAGGGCCCGGGGCCAUCUCUCAAAAAUGGGGUCGAUCUCCAGCUCCAGUCGGCGUUUUAUGACCAGAACUGGAGCACCGUCAUACGGCUCGCCGAGAAGCGCGCCAAGAUGACCAGUGAUUCGUAUUACGAGGUGCUCAAAGUCUGUGCCGAGAGCCAGCUCGACGACCCUGUGGCCAAGUACGCCGCCGUGACGGCCCUGCACACGUACGUCAAGGACGGUACCGUGGUCAAGGAUGCGGACGGAAUUGAUCUGCUAGAAUGGGCCACGCGCAAUUUGCUAGAGGAGGAUGACUUUCCCCUGACGCUGGGUCCUCUGUGUGUUCGUACUGCCAAGGCCUCCUCCAAGAACAGGAACCAAAUGACGAGAUGUCUCGAGUCCUGUCUUUUGCACUGGGACCUUGUCAGCGCGCAGCAAAUUGCUGCCAUCGCUGAUAAAUCGUUUCCCCAAGUGCGGGCAUUUCUUUUCUGGAACAUUGCCAUCACUCACCUUCUAGCUGCAGAGAAUGACAGCCAUCCACCACCUCGCAGUAUACAGAAGGCAGAAGAAAUUUGCCUGCUGUAUGAGGUUGUGGGCGCCCAUGGCACCGCAGCCGACUUUGCCAAACUUCUCGAUAGCGCCAUCUUUAACCCCGUUGCGCAGCUCAAGCAGGGUCACAAAGAGCCUUUCGUGUACACCGCAAAGAAGUUUCACAGUGAGAAAAACUGGCAAAAUCUCUACAUUAUUUGCCGAGAUUGUCUAUCCAUUCCAGAUGACAGAGGAGAGCUCACACUGCAAGCCUGUGACUGGGACACCUGGCGGCUUUUCGUCACAGCUGCUGGCGAAAUACGAAAUACGGACAAGCAAAUAAUUGCUACGGUUCAGGAAUUGCUUCUCAGAUCCUCCACAGCAGCAGACUCGAAACCUAUCUACAAGCGAAACGUCAUGCUUGCGCGUGUCUCUGCCAGCUUCCAGCUGUUAGAGUCUGACGGGCCCGAUGCGGUGGACUUCAGUCCUUCAUCCCUGCGUCUGCGCGAACUUGUCAAAUAUAUUAACAACCAGGCGUCCAACCCCUCCUGCUUCGAUGACGUCCGACUGUUUGCAGAGCAGCUUGAUGCAGCCGGUAUUGACUACCUUGCCUACCACCACUUUUUAUCGUCAGAGCAGAGCGACGAUGUACCGGAGCUGAGGAAGCAUAUCCUGGCUCUCAAGCUGCAAUACUUUGCCGCGACAUGCCCACAGACAUACAACACUGCCACUGCAACGAGUGGAGAGCCCUUAUCCCGGCAAACGCGAUUCAAGAGUGUCUAUUCUGCCAGCAUGAAAUUGCAUCGGUACAUUGCUACAACAUCUUCUUACUCAUCUCAGUUGAUCAAGGACAUCCAGUCAGAGGUUGCCCUUGUCGCCGCAUUCUGUCUCAUUGGGCUAGCAGACCAGCUCCCGUCCUCUUUCCCAACGACCGAGUCGGCGCAACAUCAUGUGCAAGCGCUUCUCCUUCUGCAGCAGCAGCUCAACUCGUCCCCGAAGCACAGCCAAAUAUCCCUUGUCCUCGUUCAGCUCCACCUACGCCUUGCAUCGGCCCCCGAGGCCCUCGCCAUCUGGGAUACGCUGGCCAUCAAGCGCACCAUCAUGGACUCUCUCGCACCGCUCUUCUACGACCGCCUAUCCACCGUGGCGCCGGGCAUGAUGUCGCCGCUGACCAACGAGGGCUGGCAGCUAGUCUCGUCCAUAAAAACGCACUACGAGACGUCGCUUAAGAUGCGCAUGCCUCGGCGUUUAAUAGAUGCGUUCACAGACGGCAGCUAUAGCAGUGUUUUGACAGUGCCAGAGUACGUCGAGAAGUUGCGGGUUAGCUGUACAAGGGCUCUGAGCCUAGUAGAGAGUGUGCGCUCCGAGCGCCUACUCGGGCUUUCGGACACGGACUUUUUCACCGAAACUCGUGAUGGUACAAGCAUGAACGAAAUCAUUGACUACGGUUCUUUCCCUUCGUGGAACCACAGUGCCACUCCCGCCGUCUACCAGCGACUGAGACUUGGGCCAGCACCCAGUAAUGUUAGAGCCCAUCUGUCGCUGCUUGCGGAAGCAUUGCAGCAGACGCUGUCCUACACGCCGCCUAGUUUCUACAAGGUGCCAUUAGCAGGCUCUGUAGCAGACCAAAAGUACGUCAUCGAAUACCUCGGCCAAAUCGCCAACUCGUUCUCCAAAUUUCUCCCGGGAGCCGCGUCUAGGUGUACCGAGUCAGAACUUCCGUACUUCGAGGUUGCCAGUCUACUCGCCUCGCUCGUACCAUUGUGCGCCGAUCGCGUUACGGGGCUGAACGAACUCGUUGCCCAGCUCACCGGGGCCAUCACGGCCUCACUUGAGAGCCAACGCGGCUACCUAGCCGCCUUUACCUCAAAAUCCGACAUUGGCAACACAAUGUCGCUGUUCCAGUCGCUGCAUCGCAUCGUGCUGCUGCGCGACACAGCCGUCGCUGUCAAGAAUGCUUCGCAAUGGAUCGUAAGCUACAAAGAGAAGCAAAAGGAGCGCGACCGUUCGGGACAGAGCAAUUUGCCAAAGGACGUCGUCGCGCAGAUUAAGGCUCUCGGCGUGGCGGCUGAUGAGGCGCUCAAGCAAUGCAGGACCUGGAUCAUGCAGCUAACGAAGGACACCAAGUCGGGAGGCGUGAUUGAGGGGAACAUCAAGGCAUUUGUGUACGGUGGCGAGGAGGGAAAGCUGCUCAAAGGUGUUGUGACGGAUAGCACCGUGUUUGAUCUGGUGGGUAGCUGGCGGAAGAGCCUCGCAGGGUGGCAAGGAGUACAUUGGUUGUAG